AUGACUGGAAAGUAUAUAAAAAUUUUGGCUCUGCGGCAUGGUCCUCGGAGACGCUCGGCCUUGCCCUGUGCCAGCCACGGCCGACUACCUGAGAGUGGUGGCACAUCCUACAUGCCAGACGAUAGACUCACUGCACAGCAGCUGUUCAACUGCACGGACAGUCUCACCUACAGCGACUUUCUCAUUCUCCCCGGGUACGUCGACUUCACUGCAGACCAAGUGGACCUGACCUCUGCUCUGACUAAAAAUAUCACUCUGAAGACCCCACUGGUUUCCUCACCCAUGGACACAGUCACAGAGGCUGGGAUGGCCAUAGUAAUGGCGCUUACAGGCGGUAUUGGCUUCACCCACUACAACUGUACAUCAGAAUUCCAGGCCAAUGAAGUUCGUGAAGUGAAGAAAUAUGAGCAGGGAUUCAUCAUGGACCCUGUGGUCCUCAGUCCCAAGGAUCGAGUGUGGGAUGUCUUUGAAGCCAAGGCCCGGCAUGGCUUCUGUGGUAUCCCCAUCACUGACACAGGCCGGAUGGGGAGCCACCUGGUGGGCAUCAUCUCCUUAAGGGACAUUGAUUUUCUCAAGGAGGAGGAGCAUGACCGGUUUUUGGGAGCGAUCUUGAUGAAGAGGGAAGACUUGGUGGUAGCCCCUGCAGGCAUCACAUUGAAGGAAGCAAAUGAAAUUCUGCAGCACAGCGAGAAGGGAAAGUUACCCAUUGUAAAUGAAGAUGAUAAGCUGGUUGCCAUCAUUGCCCAGACAGUCCUGAAGAAAAACCGAGAUUACCCACUGGCCUCGAAAGAUGCCAAGAAGCAGCUGCUGUGUGGAGCAGCCAUCGGCACUCAGGAGGAUGACAAGUAUCAGCUGGACUUGCUAGUCCAGGCUGGUGUGGACGUGAUGGUUUUGGACUCUUCCCAGGGAAACUCCGUCUUCCAGAUCAACAUGAUCAAAUACAUCAAAGAGAAAUACCCCAGUCUCCAAGUCAUUGGAGGCAAUGUGGUCACAGCUGCUCAGGCCAAGAACCUCACUGAUGCUGGUGUAGAUGCCCUGAGGGUGGGAAUGGGCAGUGGCUCCAUCUGCAUCACUCAAGAAGUGCUGGCCUGUGGGCGGCCCCAAUCAACAGAAGCAUACAACGUGUGAGAAUAUGCACGGUGCUUUGACGUCCCUGUCAUUGCUGAUGGAGGAAUCCAAAAUGUGGGCCAUAUUGCCAAAGCUUUGGCCCUUGGGGUCUCCACAGUUAUGAUGGGCUCCCUCCUGGCUGUUACCACUGAAGCCCCUGGCGUUUUCUUCUCUGAUGGGAUCCAGCUAAAGAAAUAUCAUGGUAUGGGUUCUCUCGAUGCCAUGGACAAGCAUCUCAGCAGCCAGAACCGAUACUUCAGUGAAGCUGACAAAAUCAGGGUGGCCCAGGGGCUGUCUGGGGCUGUGCAGGAUAAAGGAUCCAUGCACAGAUUUGUUCCCUACCUGAUUGCCGGCAUCUAGCACUCCUGCCAGGACAUCGGUGCCAAGAGUUCGACCCAAGUCCAAGCCAUGAUGUAUUCUGGAGAGCUCAAGUUUGAGAAGGGAACAUCCUCAGCUCAGGUGGAAGGUGGUGUCCACAGCCUCCACUCAUAUGAGAAGCGUCUUUUCUGAAAAGGGAUACAGCACACCCUCGGCUUUUCAAUAAAAGUUUGAAAAAACAA